AAGGGCAGGCCAGGCUGGCUUUGGCAGUGACGCCAAGAGGUGCAGGAAACGCGGGCUGGCUGCGCGGCGGCGGGAGAGGCUCGGGGCUGCGGCGCCCCCGCCCUCGCCGGGAGCCCCUGAUUGGGUCCUCCCGGAUCUGCCCGCUUCGGCCCGCUCCCGGCCGGGGAAGCGAGCCCACCGAGUGCUGGCUGCCCAGUCAUCGCCCAAGAUUUAAAGCGGGCAAGUUUUGCUUGAGACCAAAGACUUUCGCUCCGAUUCUGGGAAGAGGGCAGACCUUCGAUUUGGAAGUUAAGGAGCUGUUCUUGGACUUUAGCCCACCGCAUCCUAACUGCGGCCGAGGUCCGCCCGGGGUGGAAAUGUUGUCUUCCCUUCCGGAUCACUAAAUGACGGAAGCUCUAGCCCGCCUGAGGGGGAUCAACCUCAAUUCCUGGCACGGCUUGUUCUUUGUGCGGGGGACCAGAGACCGGCUCGGGGUCCGCAGUGAGGGCUCGGGGCCGCCCAGCCGCCGCCCCUCCCCUGCCGGGCCCGCCGCCCGGCGACGCCUCCUGGCUGGAGCAGCUCUCGGACCACGGAGAGUCUGGAGUCUCUUCUGCUCGCUCUAGACCAGGCGAGGUGUCUGUGGAGCCGAGAGGGGAAGAGAGUCGCGAGGUGAGGGCACACUGGUUCGCGCGGGGAACUCCAGGACUUCAGGUCGAUUCCAGGUUGCGCUGGAAUGUUUACUUACUCCAGUAAGGGAUCAAUGCUGGAAACAUCUCUGAAGCCUUCCCAAUGUCCCACCUGUGGCCUACUACACAAAAACUUUUGACUCUUCGAGGUCAAUUCGGAACAGUUGAAGAAAUACAGGAAACUAGGUCACACUUAACUUUCACAAAAGGAAGUACAUGGAAUAGCUGCAUGAGACCCGUUGCCGACCUUAAUGAAGGAUGCCAGAGUGGAAACAUUCUGAUGUGCCAGUGUCCUUAUUCUACAGUGUCUUCCGUUCUUUUGCGAUCUUAGCACAUAUGGAAUUAAAAGAAAACAUUUUGCGAAAUAAGAAGCUCCUUUUACAUUUUUAAUGACCAACAUACAUUAAGAUGGACAUCUGUUCUACAGAAGACAAAGUUCUAUGGUCUCGAAGAAGCAAAUGCCCAUUGGACACUGAUCCUAAAUAAAAAAUGGACAUCAGAAUGUUUGUUAGUGGCAGAAGAGUAAAAAAACGUCAGUUUGUUCGGUUAUUUGCCACUUGCUUUAUACUCAGCCUCAUGCUUUUUUUGGGACCAUUUGAUAAUCACAUUGUGAGCCAUAUGAAGUCCUACUCUUACAGAUACUUCAUAAAUAGCUACGACUUUGUGAAUGCGAGCCUGUCUCUGAAGCGUAGCAAGAAUGGAGCCCCUCGCUACCAAUACUUGAUUAACCACGAGGAAAAGUGUCAAACACAGGAUGUCCUCCUUUUACUGUUUAUAAAGACACCUCCUGAAAACUACCAUCGGCGGUCUGCAAUUAGGAGAACAUGGGGCAAUGAGAAGUAUGUUCGGUCUCAACUCAAUGCCAACAUCAAAACUCUGUUUGCCUUAGGAACACCUUCUAAUCCACUGAGGAGAGAAGCACUGCAAAGGAAACUGGUUUUGGAAGACCAGAUGUACAAUGAUAUAAUUCAGCAAGACUUUGCUGAUUCUUUCUAUAAUCUUACUCUGAAAUUACUUCUGCAGUUCAGUUGGGCAAAUACCUUUUGUCCACAUGCCAAGUUCCUUAUGACUGCAGAUGACGACAUAUUUAUUCACAUGCCAAAUCUCAUUGGAUACCUUCAAAGUUUAGAACAAAUUGGUGUUCAAGACUUUUGGAUUGGUCGUGUUCACCGUGGUGCCCCGCCUGUGAGAGACAAACGCAGCAAAUACUACGUUUCCUAUGAAAUGUACCAGUGGCCCGCUUACCCUGAUUAUACUGCUGGAGCUGCCUACGUGAUCUCCAGUGACGUAGCCGCCAAAGUCUAUGAGGCCUCACAGACACUUAACUCUAGUCUUUACAUCGAUGACGUGUUCAUGGGCCUCUGUGCCAAUAAAAUGGGGAUAGUACCACAAUACCAUGUGUUUUUCUCUGGGGAAGGUAAAACUCCUUAUCAUCCCUGCAUUUACGAAAAAAUGAUGACAUCUCAUGGUCAUGUAGGAGAUCUUCAGGACCUUUGGGAGGAUGCCACAGACCCUAAAGUGAAAACGAUUUCCGAAGGUUUUUUUGGCCAGAUGUAUUGUAGGAUAAUUAAAAUAGUUCUCCUUUGCAAAUUGACCUAUGUGGACACGUAUCCUUGUAGAGCUGCCUUUGUCUAACAGUACUUGAAUGUUGUAUGUUCUUACUGUCACUGAGCCAAACCUGUAUAAAAAAAACCUUUACAUGUUUGUCUACACCCUAAAUGAAAUGAAUAUGAAAAAACAAAGAAAUAUUUUGAAAGCCCAGUCUUUCAGAAUGUUUCUUUGAUUCUAGAAGCUAUUCGAUAUCUUAUCUACUUCAUUGCCUAAAUCCAUUUCAAGGAAUUUGUAUUUAGAAAAGGUUUAUGAAAACCAAGCUAAAGGGAAAUUCAAGUUCUCAAUACCGCAUAUAUAUUUGACGUAUAGAGAAGUUAUUAAGGAGCCUUGGUAUUAGAAUAACUGCUUUUGGAAAAUACCAAGUGAAUGUAGAUAGAGUUCAACAUUUCCAAGAAAUGAAUAUAUUGUUAGAUUAGGUUUACAAGUUACUUUUUUAUUAAAGAGCACUUGAUGGAAUUUUGGGGGUAAGGGAAGGUUGGCAUAGGAGAAAUGUGAAUCUGAUAAAAGUAAGUCCCGUGUUCUUCAGAGAAGAUUUAGGAAAAUGUACAGCAAGUCCUCAAAUAACCUGAUUUUGUUAAGCAUCAUUUUGUUAUAAUGUUGAUAAAAUGUAUAGGAACUUAACUUUUCAAUUAGCCUACUGUAAAAUUGUUUCAUUAUACAUUGUUUCACCGCAGUUCCAACAAGCUAUCAACAAUGUUAAGUGAGGACUUAUUGUACACAAUUUCUUUAUAAACAGCCAAAUCAUUUAUUGUAACAUCCAUGUAGCUAUUUUACCUAGAUAGUGUUGAAGUCAUUUAAAACAUAUUUAUGUCUUUUUAUUCAAAGUUUAAUGUAAAAUUUGAGAAGUCAUUAGCUCUGCCCUAAUGAGUACUUUAUAUGGUUUUUGUUUUUUGUUUUUUUUGAUUAUUAGAAAAUGACCCAAAACUUGGGCAGUUUGUUACCUAUAGGGUCCUUCUGUAGGGAGAAAUCAUUGUUCAUUCAAACAAGCUUACUUUAGUUAAAUGAAUUUUUCAACUGGUUUUUACAUAUUCAAUAUCAGUCUGUUUUAAGGUAGUUAUUUGAAUGUAGUUUGCAUAGAGGAGUGUAAUAAUGGAGAAGACUUCAAAAGGAAAGAUAGAAUAUUAAAAGCACCUUUUCUCCAUAAUUUAUAAAAUUCUUAGCUUCUAAAUUAUUGUAAUGAUUACUAAAAUUAACCCAUCCCUCCCCAAUAAGGUCUCAUAAACCAUAGUCCUUUGUUCCAAGUUCAAUUUUAAAAUUGAAAGUAUUAACCAUCACAUCAAAGCGAUAGUAUCUUUAAAAAUCUAUUCUUUCAUCAAAAUAAUUAUCAGAGGUAUUGUCAACUUUUAAAUAUUUCAAAUGUGAAGGCAGAAUGAAAGAUAGAAAAGUUGCCAGAAUGAGGUUUAAAGCAUUUCUAAAACCGCGAGUGUUCCUUAUAAUCAAAGAGAUGGCUGAGAUCUAGUAGCAUAAGUUACAUUUAUUUUAUAAAGCAGGAUAGAAAUGUGGCUAAGAUGCAAACAACUUCCCCUCACUACAGAAAGUACUAGGUGAUGUCUAUUAUGGGGAUUAUUUGAAGGCCAAAAUAGUGACUUCAGCAAAAGCAGUUGAACUGAUUAUAGAACCUUUGUCUGCAGAGGUGCCUAUUAGGAAAAACUAAGAUGUUUAAUGUAAUUAGAUGAUGUUUGAAACAUGAGAAACAAAAUAACUGGAAAAGAAUUCUCAGUAAACACAACUUGAUGAUGACAUAUAUAAUUUUUUGGAGGUAGCUUUUUAAUGUUUACAGACUUUUUGUUUUUUAUCUAUUUUGGAAAUUGAGGCUUGUUUACAUUGAUUGCUCAGAUAAUUUAGAAUUUUUAGCUAAUCUCAAAACUAGUGUCAGCCAUUCUACUUUGUAAUUACUUUCCGAGUAGGUUCUGGGUUUUUAGAUCAUUACAUUCUAAAUGUUCUGACCAAUUAAAAAAAACUGUAGAGAACAAAAUCGCAUUUUGACAAAGUAGAUUGAUAACUACUUUGUAUUAGUUGAUUCUUUAAUAACCGUUUGUCUUUUGGCCGUACAUACCCUGUGUAUCUAUACUUGUAACUGUUUAAAUUCAUUAUUGAUUGAAAACAUCAGUGUUUCUCUGGCCAUCGAAAUGAUCUUGUUUACAGCAACCCUUUUAUGAAAAUUACUUAUUUGUGAAAGUGCUCUCCUCAACUGUGUUCAUCUUUUUAUUUUUGCUUAGAAUAGAAUGGACAGAUUUAAAUGUAAAGGAAAGAUGAAGGCACUUCCUUUUUUAAUAAGGAAAUUGCUAGAUGCUUCCUUCAUCAGACUUCAAGUACUGAGAAGAAUAUAUUGUACAUACAGUAAAAGGAUUUCAACCUUUUAAAAAGGAAGGAAAAAGCUUUUUGGUGCUCCAAUGUAGGAUUGUCUUAAAAAUCGUAAACAAAGGGAAAAUAAACUAUCAGCCUGGACGGUCACUUGAGUAGAAGACAGUUGUACACAGUGUUAUUGCUAAAACCUUUUUACCUCUUGGUUGGUUUGCAUCUUUUUUCCAUAUUAUUAAUUUUAUACCAAAAUGUUAGAUAUUUAUAUUAUUUGAAUUUUGCUCUUAUAUGGCAAAAUAGUGGUUUUUAAAAAAUAAAUCUGUGAUUUCCAAUAAACAACUUGAAAUUGUCCACA